AUGUCGCUCUGCGCCAGGUGUCGUCUAUCAUGCCUCAGGCAAAACCUUCGCCCAAGGCAAAUAAUGGCCACUGCCUCUCUAUCAACCAAAUACUCGCCAUCCUCAACAGCCCAUGAUAUCCUCUCAAAACCAACCUGGUCUGUCAGCUCUCUACUUCCAUCUGAGUCACAUUCCGCACCAGAAAUCAUCACUCCAGCCCAGCUGCAUCAUCUUCUGCGUCUAUCUGCUCUCCCCUUGCCCAAAUCUCCAGCCGAGGAGCAGUCCAUGAUUGCAACGCUCCAGAGUCAGUUGCAGUUUGCGCGAGCUGUACAAAGAGUCGAUACCAAAGGAGUGGAGCCACUUCGGGCUAUUAGAGAUGAGACAGAAGCUGCAAUCAAAGAGAUUACUAUUGGAUUGGAAGAUCUAAAAGACGUGUUGGCAAAAGAGACCCUCGUAGGGCACUAUCAACGGCCUAGGAAGACCAAGGAGCGUAUUGAGUCUGAUGCCGAGAACUGGGAUGCUUUGGCAACGGCAUCAAGGAAAGCCGGGAAGUAUUUCAUUGUUGAGAGUGGGAAGAAGGCUGAAGCGGGGGAACCCUAA